CGCAAAAUAACAAAUAUGAAGACCUUCCUAAUUGCUGCUGCCUGCUUCGCCGUGGCCGUUGCUGGCCCCACGCGCUUUGUUCUCCCCGGAGUCGCUGGACCUGCUCCCGUCAUCGACCUCGACCAAUACGAACCUAUCUCUGUCGGACCCGCCAUUGUUGACACCGAGUCCAUCUCCGUCGGACCUGCUAUCGUCGAAGGCGAAUACGAACCCAUCCAUGUUGGACCCGCAAUCGUAGAAGGCGAACAGGAGGAUAUCUCCGUUGGACCUGCAAUCGUCGAAGGCGAACACGAGGAUAUCUCCGUUGGACCUGCAAUCAUCGAAGAAGCCGUACCCGUGAGCUCUCCUCUUGUUCAGAUCAUCAUCAACGUCAAGCCCGGCUCUGAAAACCUUGUGUCUGUUGACCCUGCACCCGUCAUCGUGCCCGAGGUUGAUCCCACACCCGUGAUCGUCGUCGACCAACCCGAAGUUGAUGCCGAACCCGUCAUCGUCGUCGAAAAGCCUGAGGUGCCCGAGGCCGUCAUCGUCGCUCCCGUCAUUAUCCCCGAGCCCGUCAUCGUUGUCGAAAAGCCUGAGGUUCCCGAGCCCGUCAUCGUCGCUCCCGUCAUUAUCCCCGAGCCCGUCAUCACCCUCCCUGAUAUCCUCAACUGA